CUUUGGGGUAUGAGUGGUGAGCUGGACAAGGUCAACUCGGAGGUUGAUAAGGCGAAGGAGGAAGCUUUUGGGAGGCAGGCUGGUGGAGAGGCAUUGAAGGACGAUGCUGCUCGAUAAAGAAUUAAAUCUUUGUCGGGAGGACUAUGGGUGAUGGUUUGGGUAUGCAUUCCGGGCGAUUGGGUUGGCGGUCAUGGACGGAGUUGAGGGUUUGAUUCACAAACGAGUUUUCAUGAUCGGGGAAUUAUGGUCGAACAAUGAUUCACUUAUGCGUCAAAGCAUUGUCUUUUACAGCUCAAGUCCAAACCGUCUUUGCUUCCUUUUCUUUGUGGGCUUUUUGUACAAAGCCAACUUCUUCACCCCUUCCGCAAUAUCUUCAGGUCGACGACUACUCUCGGAAACACUUUCUCGACCACUUUCAGUCCAGAUGUUUCCUCACCUGUUUCUCCCGCGAUCAGAACUUUACAGCGUCUGGGAGCGCAAGCAUGCUUUCCAGCGCGGUUUCCCCUUCUCGGACCCAAAUCGCAAAUAUUGGUGCUUCAAGCGCAGAUGCGAUUACAUUUUUUCUAGCUUGGGCCGAGUUGCUCAGCAUGAGAAGUUUGCGCACUCCCGACAUCCGCUGACGGGAGACUAUGGCGACUGGCUUGAGAGGAUGGAGGGUGAGGAAGAAGUUGAGGCCGUUCCGAUGAUCCUGGUGCCGAGAGAAUGCGAAGAGGUCACCCGCCAAAACAUAGUGAGAAUUGGAAUGGACUUCUUUGAGAAGGUAGUGAAGUAAUGAAAGCUGGGUGACUGAUUGAGUUUGGGAAUUGUGUCAUUGAGUUUGUCGCUCGCGCUUUCUUGUUCUGAAAUCGAGUCAAGCUCCACCGUUCUUCAAACUCCAUCACUUGACCAGUCACCGUU